GAAGGCAUGGAUGUCGUAAAGCUUCUGAACAAGGCCAUCAAGAAACGAGGGACUACGAGGCAGACAUCAUGGCGGUGGUCAAUGACACCGUUGGUACCAUGAUGACUUGUGGCUUUGAUGAUCAGCGCUGUGAAGUUGGUAUCAUCAUAGGAACGGGGACCAACGCUUCCUACAUGGAGGAACUGCGUCACAUUGACUUGGUGGAAGGAGACGAGGGUCGGAUGUGUGUCAACACCGAGUGGGGGGCCUUCGGGGACGACGGCUCCCUCGAGGACAUCCGCACAGAGUUUGACCGCGAGAUCGACAGAGGCUCCAUGAACCCGGGGAAGCAGCUGUUUGAGAAGAUGGUCAGUGGGAUGUACAUGGGAGAGCUGGUGCGACUCAUCCUGGUCAAGAUGGCCAAAGAGGGUCUUCUGUUUGAGGGACGGAUCACCCCCGAGCUCCUUACGAGGGGGAAGAUUGAGACGAAACACGUGUCGGCCAUUGAGAAGACUAAGGAAGGACUGAAGAAAUGUAUGGAGAUCCUGACGAGGCUCGGGGUGGAGCCCUCAGAUGAAGACUGCGUGGCCGUGCAGCAUGUUUGCACCAUCGUAUCCUUCCGCUCUGCAAACCUAAUCGCCUCCACGCUGGGCGGCAUCCUCUCUCGCCUAAAGGAGAACAAAGGAGUCGCACGCCUCCGCACCACCGUUGGUAUCGACGGGUCUCUCUACAAGAUGCACCCUCAAUACGCCCGCCGUCUACACAAGACCGUGCGUCGCUUGGUCCCAGACUCAGACGUCCGAUUCCUGCUGUCUGAGAGCGGGAGCGGCAAAGGUGCUGCCAUGGUGACGGCGGUGGCGUACCGUCUGACGGAGCAGGCGAGGCAGAUUCAGCAGACCAUGGCGGAGUUCAGGCUGAGCAAAGCGCAGCUGUUAGAAGUGAAGAAACGGAUGAGGAUGGAGAUCGAACGAGGCCUCAAGAGGGACAGUCACAAGGAGGCGACGGUCAAAAUGUUGCCCACCUUUGUCCGAAGUACACCAGACGGAUCAGAGAACGGAGAUUUCCUGGCUCUGGAUCUUGGUGGGACAAACUUCCGCGUGCUUCUGGUAAAGAUUCGUAGCGGGAAGAGGCGAUCAGUGGAGAUGCAUAACAAGAUCUAUGCUAUUCCCAUAGAAGUCAUGCAGGGGACAGGAGAAGAGCUCUUCGACCACAUCGUUCACUGCAUCUCUGACUUCCUGGACUACAUGGGAAUGAAAAGUGCUCGCCUGCCGCUGGGUUUCACCUUCUCCUUCCCCUGCCAUCAGACCAGCCUGGACGCAGGAAUCCUCGUAACCUGGACUAAAGGCUUCAAAGCUACAGACUGUGAGGGGGAAGAUGUGGUGGAGCUUCUUCGGGAUGCAAUUAAGAGGAAAGAGGAGUUUGAGCUGGACGUGGUCGCCAUUGUUAAUGACACAGUGGGGACGAUGAUGACCUGCGCAUACGAGGAACCUACCUGUGAAGUGGGGCUGAUCGCAGGGACGGGCAGUAACGCCUGUUACAUGGAAGAGUUGAAGAACAUCGAGAUAGUAGAUGGAAACGAGGGCCGUAUGUGUGUCAACAUGGAGUGGGGGGCGUUCGGAGACAACGGAUGCCUGGAUGACAUCAGGACGAAGUACGACCAGGCAGUGGACGAGAACUCGCUCAACGAAGGGAAACAAAGAUAUGAGAAGAUGUGCAGCGGCAUGUACCUGGGAGAGAUCGUCAGGCAGAUUCUGAUCGAUCUGACCAAGCGUGGAUUCCUCUUCAGGGGACAAAUCUCUGAGACGUUGAAGACCAGAGGCAUCUUUGAGACAAAGUUCCUGUCGCAGAUAGAGAGCGAUCGUCUGGCGCUGCUGCAGGUCAGGGGAUCCUGCAGCAGCUGGGGCUCGACAGCACCUGUGACGACAGUAUCAUCGUGAAGGAGGUGUGCGGCACGGUGUCCCGCCGCGCCGCUCAGAUCUGCGGAGCCGGGAUGGCCGCCGUGGUGGACAAGAUCCGUGAGAACAGAGGACUGGA